CUUUCUAACCACUUUAAAAACACUAUAACUGGCUAAGUUGCUCAGCCGCCUCAGCUAUUUUCUCUCUCCUUAAACCCACUUCUCUUCUCCGUCUAAAACCUCCGGCCAAAAAUGGCGGCUUUCACCCACCACCACCCUCACCACCAAGCUCACCUAUUGGGUCGACUACCCACUCUCAGAGCCAAGCCCAGGCCCAGGCCCGGCCCAUUUCGGGUCCACAUGGCCCUCCAGGAAAACGGUCCCUCUCUCGCCGUCGUUGGCGUCACCGGAGCCGUCGGGCAAGAGUUCCUCUCCGUCUUAUCCGAUCGAGACUUUCCCUACCGCUCCAUCAAAAUGCUCGCAUCCAAACGCUCCGCGGGGCAGAAAAUGUCAUUCCAGGACCAAAACUACGUCGUUGAGGAGCUCACCGCCGAUAGCUUCAAUGGCGUAGACAUAGCCCUGUUCAGCGCCGGAGGUUCCAUCAGCAAGGAGUUCGGUCCUUUGGCUGUGGAACGCGGCUCCAUUGUCGUAGACAAUAGCUCUGCUUUUCGAAUGCACGAUGAUGUGCCGCUCGUGAUUCCGGAAGUCAAUCCGGACGCCAUGAAAGGGAUUAAGGUUGGGAGUGGAAAGGGUGCCUUGAUUGCAAACCCUAACUGCUCCACCAUUAUUUGCUUGAUGGCCGCCACGCCUCUACAUCGGCAUUCUAAGGUAAUUCGUAUGGUGGUUAGUACGUAUCAAGCUGCUAGUGGUGCUGGUGCUGCUGCCAUGAGAGAGCUUGAGCAGCAAACCCAUGAGGUCCUGGCGGGAAAGGAACCUACUUGUAAUAUAUUCCAGCGACAGUACGCGUUUAAUCUGUUUUCGCACAAUUCGUCUGUUCUUCCAAAUGGGUACAAUGAAGAGGAAAUGAAAUUAGUCAAGGAGACAAGAAAAAUAUGGAAUGAUCCAAAUAUUAAGGUGACUGCCACAUGUAUACGAGUUCCUGUGAUGCGGGCUCAUGCAGAGAGUGUGAAUUUUCAGUUUGAGAGUCCUCUUGAUGAGGAAAUGGCAAGGGACAUCCUGAAGAACGCACCUGGGGUGGUGGUUAUUGAUGAUAGAGCAUCAAAUAACUUCCCUACACCACUAGAGGUAUCGAAUAAAGAUGAUGUUGCGGUUGGAAGAAUCCGUCGUGAUCUGUCUCAGGAUGGGGAUUAUGGGUUGGACAUCUUUGUGUGUGGGGAUCAAAUACGCAAGGGAGCUGCACUUAAUGCUGUUCAGAUUGCUGAGCUGCUGCUAUAGUCAAAGUAAGCUAGCUAUUACUCGGGAGCUUUCAUAAUUUACUUUCGUUCAUGAGAUGAGUUAAAGCUGCUGGUCUUUUAACAUGAAUUUUCUUCAUUUGGAGAUGAAUUUUGUUAAUUUAGUUUUGUAAUUUAGACUUGAGAAGAACGAAUGCUACUGGGAAACUUUUCAAUGAGUGUUUGUUUCAUUAGUUGUGUAAUGUUCUUUUAAAAAGUAACCAAAAUAUACAUAAUUAUGAAACAAUAUUCAACUUUACUGUUAAAAUACUUUUCAAGUUA